GGCUUAAGGAAAAUUUACAUAUGCAGCCCUGACUUUAUUAGCAAAAAUAGGUUCUUCCAUAAUGCUGACAAUUAAUAAUAGCAUGAAUGCAAAUUUUGUAAUGAUUGUGUCCCAUUAGCAUCAGGAUGAUUAAAGUUUAGAUUAAACAGUGGCUUCCUGCUCACAGUUAUCUGCUUUUUGGGGACGAACAUCACCCAUAUUGUAAUUUUUGUGGAACGUUCGGAUUUUACUAUGAAACCCAUUAGACCUAACUUAAUUAGAUAGACCUCAGAGAGACGUGACUUCCCUCACAGACUGAUUCAUAUUCCGCAUUAUUUCUACAGAGUCAUCCAGGAGGCCAUGCCAGACAGCCCAGAGAAUAUCCCCCUGGGAGAGUGCACCCUCUCCCAGUCCAGGGACCAGCUGACGCCCCCGAGCCGCACAGAGAGCACCGUGUUCAGCCUGUCCCGCAGCGAGACCCUAUGGACCACAGAGAUCCCUCGCAGCAAGUGUGAAGUCUUCUGGUUCCCCAUACACCUCAUGUCCACCGGGGGAACCUUCCUGGCAUGCGGCAUUAUCAUCAGCGGCCUGUACUUCGCUGGCCACUGCAGGAAGAUCACCACCAUCCUGGGACCGGCACUGCUGUCCAUUGGGCUGAUGGUUUUUGUGGUGGGUGUGGUCCUCAUCCCCAUCACCAAGGAGAACAGGAAGCAGUCAAAUAUGAAGAAGCCCCCCAGUUACUACAGGCCUCCGGUGUUCAAUCUGUGAUCACACGGGUGUUGACAUUUUGUCACAAACUUCAUGUUUGAAAGUGAGAAACUUGGAUUGAUAUGAUCCUUUCAGCAUGGGAGCCUCUGUGGAAGCUAAUUAUUUACAGACUCUGCUUGGUGACAUU